AUAACAUAUGUUGAAGGUGAAGUAAUAUCUAUCAACAAACCGUCAUAAAAACUAUAAUUGUUGUUUGGACUAAAACUUAAUAAAUUUUCGAAAAUUUUUUCGUUAUAAAAAAUAAUUUAUUUAUGUACGUACUUAGAGUUCCAAAUUAAAAGAUUUGGCUUAUAAUCAGUCUGCUCCUCAAGAAUUAAUAAUUACAAAAUGGCAGCUAAGAAGGAAAUUGAUGUGGAAAAAGAAAUUCUUAUAACAGAAGAAACGCCGGUUGAAGAUUUUGAAAAGCUAAUUAAGGAAAAUGUUGAAAAUUGUGUAGAUGAUGACGAAAGAAUCUCAAAUUUUGACAAAUAUAGUGCUGAAAUGCGUUCAGUUAUAAAUAAAAUCCUCUUCAAAACACCACCGGUUCCUAAGGAAAAACUUUUGGCUACCUUCAAAACAUAUCGCGAUGAAGCCUGUUUUUAUAAUCCAUAUGAUUAUAAUGAUUGGAUUAGAGAAAUCAAAAGUAAUUUAAUAGAAAGAAAAAUGGUUGAUGCUUGGGAAGAAAUAAUUGUUAAAAACCAAUUAGGGUUAUUAUGGGCAAGAGAUUGUGAUUUCUUUGACGACAUUGAGGACAAAGAGCCCAUAGAAUUUUACAAAAUCAAAAAUGAUUCGGAUGACAGUAAUAAAAGGAUAAAACUUACAAGUGAUAAAGUUGACCCUCAGGAAACAAAAAAUUGCUCUCCAAAAUCAAAUGACGCGAAAUCAACUCAAAAUGUAAAGAAAGACAAGGUGACCUCGGCAGAUCAUUAUUUGAAAUUAGUUAAAGAGAAAGUGGAGGAAAUUGAUCCAGAUGAAGAAAAUAAAAAGAUUACAAUUUUUGAUAAUUUAAGCAAACAAAUUCGGGAUAUUUUAAAAGAAGCGAUAUUGAAUUCAGCCGAUUUAGAUUAUAAUAAGCUUGCCAGGGAUAUAAAAAUAUACAGGGAUGAAGCUUGCUUUUACAAUCCUUAUGACUACAAUGACUGGAUUGUAGAAAUCAAAAACCUAAUUUUAACACGCAAAAUGUUUAGUUUUUGGGAAAAAGUUAUUGUUAAAAAUGAGUUGGGCCUAUUAUGGGCAAGAGAUUGUGAUUUUUUCGAUGAUAUGGAAGAUGAGGAGCCCCAAAAAUUUUAUAAAAUCGAUUCUCAAACAUCAAAGGACCAUAUUAAAUCGCUCAAAGUUGGGAUCUUGACACCAGCAGAAGAUUACAGAAAUCUGGUUAAAAAAGAGGUAGAAGAAAUAGAUCCUGAAGAGGAUGAUGUAAAAAUGGACAUAUUUGAUGAUCUUAGUAACCAAAUCCAAACUAUAAUCAAUCGCUUACUAUUCGAAGAAGAAAUACCUGAACUGGAAAAAGCCGCAGAAGCUCUUAAAGCUUACAGAGAAGAAGCAUGUUUCUAUAAUCCUUACGAUUAUAAUAGUUGGAUUAAAAUUUUUAAGUCCAAAAUUAUAGAGAAAAAAAUGCUUGAUUUCUGGAAAAAUGUAAUUGUUAAAAAUGAAUUAGGUUUACUAUGGGCUAGAGAUUGCGAUUUUUUUGAUGAUAUGGAAGAUAAAGAGCCCGAAAAUUUUUACAAAAUUGAAUAAACCUUUUUUGUACAAAGAUUUAAUUUGUUUUAGUAACUUGGAAACUUGAAUUAAAAUUGCUUCAUAAAAAUGUUAAUUGUUAUUAAUAAAUUUUGAUAUAA